GUGUAUACUGCUGCUGUUCUGCUUUGCGUCCUCGUUACAAACGCCUGGUGGACAACAUAUUCCCUGAAGAUCCAAAAGAUGGCCUCGUUAAAGCCGAUAUGGAGAAAUUGACAUUCUAUGCAGUGUCUGCUCCCGAGAAACUGGAUCGAAUUGGUUCUUACCUGGCAGAAAGGUUGAGCAGGGAUGUUGUCAGGCAUCGUUCGGGGUAUGUUUUAAUCGCCAUGGAGGCAUUGGACCAACUUCUCAUGGCAUGUCAUUCUCAAAGCAUCAAGCCGUUUGUAGAAAGCUUUCUUCAUAUGGUCGCAAAGCUGCUGGAAUCAGGGGAACCAAAGCUUCAAGUUCUUGGAACAAAUUCUUUUGUCAAAUUUGCAAAUAUUGAAGAAGACACGCCCUCCUAUCACAGGCGUUAUGACUUUUUUGUGUCUCGGUUCAGUGCCAUGUGUCAUUCCUGUCACAGUGAUCCAGAAAUACGAACAGAAAUCCGAAUUGCUGGAAUAAGGGGUAUUCAAGGAGUGGUUCGCAAAACCGUUAAUGAUGAACUUCGGGCUACCAUUUGGGAACCCCAGCAUAUGGAUAAGAUUGUUCCAUCCCUGCUGUUUAACAUGCAAAAGACGGAGGAGGUGGACAGUCGUAUAGGCCCUCCUUCUUCUCCUUCUGCAGCUGAUAAAGAAGAGAACCCUGCGGUGCUGGCAGAAAACUGUUUCCGAGAACUGCUGGGUCGAGCAACCUUUGGGAAUAUGAACAAUGCUGUUAGACCCGUCUUUGCACAUUUAGAUCAUCACAAACUAUGGGAUCCCAAUGAAUUUGCAGUCCACUGCUUUAAAAUUAUAAUGUAUUCCAUCCAGGCUCAGUAUUCACACCAUGUGAUCCAGGAGAUUCUAGGACACCUUGAUGCUUGUAAAAAAGAUUCUCCACGAGUUCGAGCAGGUAUCAUUCAGGUUCUGUUAGAGGCUGUCGCCAUUGCUGCUAAAGGUUCCAUAGGCCCCGCGGUGCUGGAAGUCUUUAACACCUUACUGAAGCACCUGCGUCUCAGUGUGGAAUCGGAAGCCAGCGAUUUACAGGGGAGCUCUGCCUGCAGUGCCGCCUUGAGCACAGGUUCCAAAGACAGUGAUGAGAAGAUCGUGCAGAAUGCCAUCAUCCAAACGAUAGGAUUUUUUGGAAGUAACCUGCCAGAUUAUCAGAGGUCAGAAAUCAUGAUGUUCAUUAUGGGGAAAGUACCCGUUUUUGGAACAACUACCCAUACUUUGGAUCUCAGUCAACUAGGGGACUUGGGAACCAGGCGGAUUCAGAUAAUGCUGCUGAGAUCUUUACUUAUGGUAACCUCUGGAUACAAAGCCAAGACAAUUGUUACAGCACUGCCUGGGUCUUUUCUGGAUCCUUUGUUAUCACCAUCUCUCAUGGAAGACUCUGAACUAAGGCAGUUAGUCUUGGAAGUCAUGCACAAUCUUAUGGAUCGCCAUGAUAAUAGGGCAAAGCUGCGAGGGAUCAGAAUAAUACCAGAUGUAGCUGACCUAAAGAUAAAAAGAGAAAAAAUUUGUAAACAAGACACAAGUUUUAUGAAAAAGAAUGGGCAACAACUCUACCGGCACAUAUAUUUGGGCUGUAAAGAGGAAGACAAUGUUCAGAAAAACUACGAGCUACUUUAUACCUCUCUUGCUCUUAUAACUAUUGAACUGGCCAAUGAAGAAGUGGUUAUUGAUCUCAUUCGAUUAGCAAUUGCUUUACAGGACAGCGUGAUCAUCAACGAGGAUAACUUGCCCAUGUUCCAUCGCUGUGGAAUCAUGGCGCUGGUUGCAGCGUACCUCAACUUCGUCAGUCAGAUGAUAGCCGUCCCUGCGUUUUGUCAGCAUGUUAGCAAGGUUAUUGAAAUUCGAACUAUGGAAGCCCCCUAUUUUCUGCCAGAGCAUAUUUUCAGAGAUAAGUGCACGCUUCCAAAGUCUUUAGAGAAGCAUGACAAAAAUUUGUAUUUUCUGACCAAUAAGAUUGCGGAGUCGCUGGGUGGAAGCGGAUACAGCGUGGAGAGAUUGUCUGUACCGUACGUACCACAAGUGAAAGAUGAAGAUCGACUUUCUAGAAGAAAAAGUAUUGUGGACACUGUAUCCAUUCAGGUGGAUAUUUUACCCAACAGCAUUCCUUCUGGUGAUGUGAACACAAGAGCGUACCCUCCUGAGCUAUAGGAAGAGAAAGCAGCCACUUUUGUCUAAGACUCCACACAAAUCACCAGAGACUUUUUGAUAGUCAAAUAAAAACGCGAAAUGCCAGCCUGUCAAGUCAGCCUCCUCCUCGUGCUUUUUCCAUUGUUUGCCUUCCUCGGUAUUUCAUUAUUUCUCAUUGGUACAUAGAAGUAAUUAAUACAAUAUCUACGUAAGAAAAGAGGAAGGAAGUUGUCUGCAUUCAUGCUUUCUCAGCCCCUUUUCUCCUUCCCAUCUUCACCAGUUACUUUGUCUUCAGGAAUUAAAACAUUGGUGACUUGGGUAUAACUGACUAACAUAUUUUCUGUGGGGAUCCACUCUCCAUUAUGUAAAACAAAUCAGUUUAUUAAGAGAUUACCAGCAGAACACCACGAGUAUCUGAACAGUGUUCAUUUUGAAACUUAGGCUAUAAAUUAGACUGUAAGGCUGAUUUCAUGUUUCAUACCAAUUUAAGGCUCAAGAACAAUCAUCUAUCUUCUCUAAAUUCACCUCUUCCUUCAAAGCCAUUUCAGCUUAUACAUUCCUUGUUAGUAAGACGGUGUGUCUUUUAAUGAUUAUGUAUUAUUUGAGAAAGAAAUUCAUCCAAAGCCUAAGGUUAUAGAUUUUUUUAAUUGAACUUCAGGUGAAGGUUUACAGAACAAACUAAUUUCUCAUCAGACAGUAUACACAUUGUUGUAUGACAUUGAUUAACAACCCCACGACAUGUCAACAUUCUCCCUUCUCAAGGCUGGGUUCCCUAUUAGGAGCUUUCUUGUCACCUCCUGCCUUCCAGUCCCUGCCCCAAGGCGGGUGCACCCCUUUAGUCAUGUUUUGUUCCCAGGGGCCUGUUCAAUCUUUGGCUGAAGGGUGAACCUCAGGAGUAGCCUCAUUACUGAGCUGAAAGGGUGUCUGGGGGCCAUGCUCUCAGGGUUUCUCCAGUCUCUGUCAGGCCAGCAAAUCUGGUUUUUCUUUUUGAGUUAAAAUUUUGUUCGUUUUUCUCCAGCUCUAUCCGGGACCCUCUAUUGUGAUCCCUGUCAGAGCAGUCAGUGGUGGUAGCCAGGUACCAUCUAGUUGUACUGGACUCAGUCUGGUGGAGGCCAUAGUAGAUGUGGUCCCUUAGUCCUUUGGACUAAUCUUUCCCUUGUAUCUUUAGUUUUCUUCAUUCUUCUUUGCUUCUGAAGGGGUGAGACCAGUGGAGCAUCCUAGAUGGCUGCUCACAGGCUUUUAAGACCCCAGACGCUACUCACAUAAGUAGAAUGUAGAGCUUUUUCUUUAUAAACUAUAUUAUGCCAUUUGAGCUAGAUGUUCCCUGAGACCUUGGUCCCCACAGCCCUCAGCCUAGUAAUUUGGUCACUCAGGGAGUUUGCAUGUGUCUGUGGAGUUACCAUGGCCUUGCCUUGUUAAGGUUAUAGAUUUUUAUUUCGUUAAGAGUGCAGUAUAUUUUAUUGACCAGCAUGAUUCCAUCCUCCUUUUGUUAACCGUUUUUAUUUCUUUCAAAAGUAUAUAUACAGCAACUUAACACCGUUGCACAGAAUCAAUCUUAUUGGUAACAUGAACUGAAAAAAAAAACAUAAAACAUUAAUGUAGGGGGAAGAUCCUUGAACAUGAGUAUUACAUUAAAGUUCAUUAAUACAUUUGUUAACUUUUUUGAAGUCCAUUGAUUAUAAGUCUUCAGUCUAGUGUGACUCACACCGAGCAUCUGAGAAGUUAAAUUACUCUGGUAUCAGAUUUAGCUGAGCACACUGGAGUUCCAGGCUUAUUUACCAGUGUGGAAUCCACGCAUACAUAUUAGACAUGUUUGUUCAAAUGCUAGAAAACAGGAUGACAUUACCACCCAGCCUAAAACUAAUUAUUUAAUUAAUUUCCUAGCAUGGACAGCAGAAAGUGGCAUUAGUUUGGUAUUCACCAGUGAAUACCAUAACAAAAUAUCAAACUAUGAAUUAGUAUAUUUUUUAACAAUGAAUUUAGAUAAGAAAAUCACUUAUUUAAAAAGAAGCAUUACUCUUGUAUCUGGUCAGAAUUAUUUGAAAUAUUGUAUUCAUAAUCCCAGUUUGUCUUCAGACGUAUCUGACUUUUAGAAUGUGUAAUUCUAUUAAAAAAAAUAGAGUCAGAAGGAUGUGUAGGUGGAGACCAUACCAAACUUCUGUUUUCCUGAGAUACAACUCAAAUUCUUACCAUAGUCUCUUGAAGUUCUUGCUACCCUUGAUAUAUGUUGGUUCUGACAUAUGCAAUUCAAAUCUAAGCCCACCACGAAUCACUUAGUGAACUUUUUUUAAAUGUUCCCAUAUAUAUAUAGAUAGAUACUGUAUUUGUAUGCAGAUAACACACACCUGCUACCUUUGUUUGCCAACCAUGCCCUCCCCUUACAAGGUAUUUUCGUGAGCAUGCUAUGCUAGUUUUUUUUUUUUUACAGCAACAUGUUAAAGAAAAAAAAAAUUGGCUUAUUGGCACUUGUAAAAAUACUUCACAGGUGGAGGGCACAACUGGCAAACAAACGUAGAAGGUGCGCAUUAUUUUCGUACAAAUACAAAUUAGGAUAAAAUUGCCUAAAUUAAAUUAAGGUAUUCAAAAACAUAAAUAACUUAAAUAGAAGAGACUUUUCUUUGAUUCCUGAGUUAAAAUUAUCAGCUUGACUAAAAGGAUAAAGCAUUUUGCACAUUAUCCUUUGAUCUCUUGUACAGGUAGUCCCCGACUUCUGACAGGGUUCCGUUCCAACAACUCUGUAGUAAGUCGGUUCUGACAUAAGUCAAAUACCUCUGUUUUUUGUUUUUUUAGUGUUUAUUAUCAUUGCCUUUUGUUGUUAGUAUCUUUAUAAAUCCGAUCUCUGUCAACAUCAGUGUCCUAACGGUGAAGCCAGAGUCAUGAUGGCUGUCGGGCACACGCCCAGUUCACUUGUCGUAUGUCAUCAGAGUUGAGCAUCGCCCAACUUUCUAUUUCUUAUGAGUCUCUACACCAACACCGACACUGUCACCAGCUUCAUUGUAGACCAGGCCACAGCCUGCCAUUCGGUAGAGUUUUGAUCGGUAAAUCAUAACACUGAACAUUGGCAAGUGAACAUCUGAGAAUGAUAACAUCAGCAAAUUAUGUGCGGUGACAUUUUAUGUAGUACAUAUCACUAACGAUAAAAUGUACAAAAAAAAAAAAAUGGUGGAAAGUGCAGUUCCUCAUUAACUCAAAUUCACUUUAAGUCAGGGACUACCUGUAUAUGCAUAGUGGAUAUGGGUGAAACUUUAUAUCACCACUCAGUGUUUUCUCUAAAAUGUAACGUUGUUGUUAGGUGCUGUCAAGUUGGUUCCGACUCAUAGCGACCCUAUAGGAAAGAGUAGAGCUGCCCCGUAGGGUUUCCAAGGAGCAGCUGGUGGAUUUGAACUGCCAAUCUUUUGGUUAGCAGCCAAGCUCUUGGAUAGAAGUGAUGAGAGAUUAAAUGUAUUGAAUUAUUGUUUAUUCUAGACCAGAUAACAGAUCUUCAUUCUAUACUUUCUCCUUCCACUUUCCUAAUUACAACUGAAGAAACCUGUAUGCGUGCUAACAAAACAAAGAAUCUAGCAUCAAGGCCAUAUGAGUUGGAACUUGCUGUGCUAGAUGCUGUAAAACUACUAAGGUAUCAGUGAAAGUGACUUAACUACUCUGAUUGGAAAAAGAUGAAUAGCAGAUUUUAUGCAGACCCGAGGGCAUUAUAGUCUAUGUUAGAGUUACGAAUCGUACAAAAGUCACAAAUACUAAAACAAACUUUGAAUUUUUUUUUUUUUUUAAUGCCUCAUUAGAGACCAAGGCACCGUUUCUCCAUAUGUCCAACAAGUACUUUUUCUCUUGGAGUUGGAACAGAUUGCAGUUUGGUGGAGCACCAAAUAAGUGGCUUGCGCUUAGCAGCUACGUUGUAUGAAAAAUAUGAAUCAUUAAAUGUUAGCAUAAAGCAGUUUCGUUUGCCUUUUUUUUUUACCCCCUUAAAUAAGAUUCACAAAAGGGAAGAGUGGGAGACAAGCAUUGGAGCCAAGUUACAGAGAAGGUUUUAUCCCAGGGUGAGGAUUUAGUGUGUGAUUUGGCAGGAAGUGGGGAGCCACCGACAUUCGGGUAGUGUCGUUAUCAUAGCUGUGCUGUCCUACAAGGAAUCUCUAACCAGUGUGGCCAGGCUGAACUGGAGUACAGUGACUGGAAGUAGAGAGGAUGGUUAGGAGGUUCUGGUAAUAGCUCACACCUGAGACAGCAAGGACCUGAGUGAGAGUAGCCAGGCCAGAGAUGAAGAAGAGGCACAAGACAGCAGAAGUGUUCUGGCAGUAGAAUGGGUAGGACCAACAGGAGACUUAAUGGGGUUAGAAAAAGGAGGUUACAAAGGGGCCAGGGGGAGGAGAGGUGGCCAGAAUGACUUGGAAGUAUUUGAAGCUGGAAGAAUGUAUCAUAAUUAUCAAAUUACGAAAAACAAGGACAAAUAGGGAGGAAGAAUUUGUAGGGGAAGGACCUCUAGCUUUCUACUCCUCUGGGAUUGAACAGGUAAUAAAUGAAAAUUCUACAUAACAAGAACGCUGACCUUGUAACUUCUUCCAUGUUCUUUCUCCUGUACUAUAGUUGUCUCUCAAAAGUUUAAAGCUCUUAGCCAGUUCUAAGGACAAUGGUGGGUUGUCUUUUCAUUGAAAUAUUAGAUUUCUUCUAGGUAUAAAUAAUUGACCAGCUAGAGCCUAAUCUCAUAUGUCUGCUCCAA